AUGGCCGACUUCAAAUUCAUCCUUCGCUCGGUCGAAGAUGGUGUGGGAAUCCUUCAGCUACAUGACCCCAAGAAGAGGAAUGCACUGGGCUGGGAACUACACCGCGAGAUCAUCCAAGCCCUCGAACUCUGGGCCUACGACGACACCGUCGCCGCAGUCCUUCUGGUGGGCAACGAGGACUAUUUUUGCGCCGGGUGGGCACUCGACGUGCUGCAGGGUACCGACGCGGAUGGCAACGAACGCACCAAGUUUGUCGACCUUGCCUACCAGCUGAUGAUCGCGCUCUACGACUACCGCAAGCCGACGAUCGCGGCCGUGGCCGGCACCGCCCCGGGGUAUGGCAUGGACCUGGCCAACAUGUGCGACAUCACAGUGGCCAGCCGCAACGCGCUGUUUGGCAGCACGCAGGUCAAAUAUGCCAUGAACGGCUUCUACCACGGCAUGGUGCGCAAGGUCGGGGCCCAGCGCGCACGGAAGAUGUUGUUCACUGGUGACCCCAUCACCGCCGAGGAGGCGUUCCGCGUGGGCAUGGUGGACGAGCUAGUCGCGGUCGGCCAGGUUCGCGAGCGCGCACUCCAGCUCGCCAAAAAUAUUGCCGAGGCCGGCGCCGAGUUGACUACGGUGCUUAAGGAGGUCGCACUCCGGGCGAACAACAUGGACCAUGUCAGUGCUACGGCGUACGAGUUGAGAGUCACCGCCGACUUGGUGCAACGAGGAUUAUUUACCAGAAUGAUUGAGAGCGGCUUACAGCGGAUGAAGGCGAAAAGAAGCAGAGCAACUGAGCGACUCUAG